GGUAACUUACUGAUACUCCACAGCUUGAAGCUAUCGCGUAAAGCUACCACCGAAAACGAGCCGCAAUCGCGUCUCAUUUCCGACACGCUCCUCUCCGGAAGCUCAGAUUUCCUCGACAACAACACCAUUGCAACUGUAACUCAAUAACUGGACUUUUUACUCUUCAAUCUAAUUCCAUCACAAGAGAUUUAUUACUGGGGUUCGACGCAAUGGCCACAGAACCCUCAUCGUCCCUCCGGCCCGACCUUUUCGACCAAACAACAAUCAUCUCCCUCCUCUCUACGCUCGCAAUCGUCUUCGUCGCCUAUGCUGCCUCUUUGCGUUUCUUACCAUCCUCUUCCUCGGGGGUUCUCCGGUUUCUCUUCAUAUGGCAUCUCGCCGAUGCCCUGUGUCAUUUUCUCCUCGAAGGCAGCUUUUUGUACCACUGCUUCUUCUCGCACCAACCCCUUGCCGAUGAUGUGAAGACGGACCUGUUCCCAACACCUCCUGGAUUCCUAGGUUAUAGCGAUCGAGUAUAUGGUGCGCAGUCAGGUGGAGACAACCCGUUUGCCCAGCUAUGGAUGGUAUAUGCGAGGGCUGACAAGAGAUGGGCUGGUGUCGACUUGGGGGUUGUAAGUCUGGAGUUGUUGACUGUGUUCUUUGAUGGGCCUUUAGCUGUUUAUGUGUGCUACUGCCUCGCUAAGAAGGAUCCCAAGGUCAGCAUCUGGAUGAUUGUCCUGGCUACUUGUGAGCUGUACGGUGGAUUCAUGACUUUCUGUCCUGAAUGGCUCAUUGGAAGUGCUAAUCUCGACACGAGCAACUUCAUGUACCUUUGGGUUUACUUGUUCUUCUUCAACACUCUCUGGGUCUGGAUCCCACUUUGGAUUAUUUGGUAUUCAGUCAAGGACAUCUCAAAUGCCUUGAAUCUGCGCCAAGGUAAGAAGACUCUCUAGACGACACCAGGAGAUCACAAGCCAUGAAGUCAUUUUAUAGUAUAUAUGUAGUGUUUAUUGUUGAACUGCAGUUGUUAGGGUGCAGAACGCAAAGCCCAGCUGGGGCAUUGAGAUAAUGGAUGCUGGCACACGGCAGUCAUGCAGAGCAUCUUCUGAGGAGUUUCUUUUCUUUCAAGCCUAGAUACCCGAAGCUUAGAUCUAGAUCUUAUCAUAUCUCUUGAAGGUUAGGAUCAUAUCGUCACAAGAACCGACAAGCUUACGGUCAGGCCAUCUAUUGGUGAUGUAUCUCAUUGAACUCGUUACUAUAUAGAUUUACUGGUAGCCAAGCCCCUGCGUCACGUC